AUGCCAGAGAGCGACUUAACUUCAGUAAUACCUGCGCAGCUCUCGUUCCUUACAAUAUACAACCCCCUGCUCGGUCCGACGGACGAAAGUAUCAGCGAUCAGGUCGUUUUCUAUACCUCACGCGCGGAUCGUUUGCGGCGAAGCGAAAGUUCGGGAUCCAAAUAUGAGGAUCAAGAGGAUGACAGUGGGCAGAAUGAAAGGCUGCGCCAGAUAGGGCUGGCACAGGGCAUUGUCAGCUUUGCCAGGAAUUUCUCGGAGGGUAAAUCGGUCGACCACGUGGAGACAGAAAAGUCGACUGUGAUAUUACAUGAAUUAGAAGAAAAUUGGUGGAUUUUGGCGUCUAUUGAUCUUACUCGACUUCCCACUGAGAGCGCAUCGUCCCAGCGCGACAGCUCAGAGUCUUCACCUUUUUACUACUCGUCGCGAGAGAUAUGUCCACCACAGCUCCUGAUUCAGCAACUACGUCGCGCCCAUUCCAUCUUCCUCCUUCAUCAUGAGUUUACGCUUCAGCGGUUACACGAUCGCGUCCGCAGGUCCGCAUUCUGUACAUUUCUUGAGCGUUUCUGGAGCAAAUUCGCAUGGAGUUGGGAUAUCCUUCUGAGCGGCAACCCCGCAGUCGACAUAUAUAAUGGCAUAAAGCUCGCUGCAGGCGGCGAGCUUGGCAUCGGGGUGGGAGAGGAAGAUUGGGGAAGUGGGGAGAGAGAAGUUCUCGAGGACUUUGUUUUCCGGACAGAUGGACUAGUUGAUCUGGUCGUCUCUAGAUUUGGGGAUCCAUGUUCAUCGACGGAGGGGUUGACAGCUCAAAGUCAGCCAGAGAUCUCCGAUGAUCCAAACGAAGGUCAAAGAAGAUGGCUUGGUAUGGACACCUUUCCUCGACCACAGGAUGGUGUCAUAUUUUCUGGAGUGGGUGGGCUGUCAAGAUCAUCCUUGAUACCGAUAUCUCAAUGGAUGGAAUGGAUUUUCCGCUUUGGGUACGACGCAUAUGGCGCUGGCGAAGAUCCUACCUCACCCCGACGCCGAAAACGCCGGAGAAAAAAUCGCGGCCGAUUGGCCUCGAAAGACCUCAGCGCCUCAGUGAGUGGCACUAGUGAUUCUCAAGUCGUCAGUCCGGAACGCGCCUUACCCCCGGGAAUACCUCGCCCUCUCGUCAUCGGGACAUCCGAAGUAGUGCGAGACUCGGCGAGAGCCACAAGUCAAAAAAGCAGUGACAGAUCUCCAGCAAGGGUCGACAAAGGGAGUGACUGGAAGGGAUUUGGGUCAGACACUUUUGUCAAGUACCUCACACUUGGCUAUGGCUCAUCCUGGAGUUUCUCUUCUGGGAAUGCCAGCUCUCACCCUCGUGUUGAGGCCCUGAAGCGUGCUGAGGCUUCUUCAAAAACAGGAAAUGAGCAAGAAACGUUUGAGAGUACUCACGAAGGGUCUGACGAGGAUGCAAUGAAAUCAGGGGCUAGUCCUAAGCCUAAGGACCACAACAAUGGGAGGUUCAUUAUCGGGCUUCGUGACGAGUCAGACGAUGCAAAGUCCAGUUUCCUUGAAUGCAAAGAUCAGGAAAACCCGAAUAUGAAAGAGAAGGUCAUCACACGAAUGGUGUACGUCCGUCGGGCUGGUGAUUCAGGAGGCCCUGGAGGACUGCGGCUGGUGGUCUAUAUCAAUCGACCCUUCAUAUACACAUUUCUCUUUGAUCCCCAAGCACCAUUGAUGGAAGACCCGUCCCUUUACCUAGGCAUCCACCACCAACUUGGUCCGCUCCAGAAAUCGCUGAGCAAAUCGACGUCCCCUUCGACUGCUGCAGAACGCAUCUCGAUGUCUGGGAAUGGGCUCGAGGUCAACAAGCACUUCUCAGCCAAAAGCCUACCGGUUUACGACCUUGUUUACGAUCCGACGAACCUGACCAUUCGAUCCUCAAUACCAAAUAUCCCAGAUCUAGGUUACUACUCACCCGAAACGGACCCGUGGCCCCGAGUUGAGAGCCUCAAUAUCCACCAUCGCCUUCUAAGCACCUACGCCGAAACCAGAUCCCGGCCCCUCGAGCUCGAAAGAACAUGCAAGACUGGUCGCGGCUGGUGGAUCGUCUGGGUCCGGAUCGCCGAACCACAACCCUCCUGUGAUCAAAACGCCCAUAAUCCAGGCAACACCAGAAAUGGUUGUCUGCCCUCUCUCCCACGGGAAGCAUUUCUGAUCCGCAAAGCAAGUGACCACGUCUCAUCGUCGGGACACGCUCGUGGCAACAGUGGGGCAAGAUUCUUCAGGGAUCUCGGGGGAGCCUCGUCGCCGGGGCUGCAAGCCUCACGUUCCGAAUUGGGAGCUGGUAAGCUUGUGGAGGGGCUGGGCCUCGACGCGAGACGAUAUAUCGAGAAUCUACUUAGCUUGAAUAGAUGA